AUGGAAGAGCUCAAGCUCUACUUCUUUUGCUCCACUUUACUAUCUCUGUUAACAUUUUGCACCUCAGUAGACACCAUAACUACAGAUCACCCCAUCACAGAUGGCACUACCAUAGUUUCAGCAGGUGGAAUUUUUGAACUUGGAUUUUUCAGCCCAGGAAACUCCAAGAAUCGAUAUGUUGGCAUUUGGUACAGCAAGAUACCAACCAAGGAUGCAGUAUGGGUUGCUAACAGACAAACUCCACUAAACAACACUUCUGGCAAGCUAAUGAUCAAAGACAAUGGAAUCCUAGUACUCCUAGAUGGUAGCAACGAAGAAAUCUGGUCAUCAAAUUCAUCAAAAUCAUUGAAAAAUCCAGUGGCUAGGCUUUCAGAUACUGGAAAUCUUGUUGUGGCAGAGAUAAAUGAGCAUAAUUCAGAAAACUCUGCCUGGCAGAGUUUCGAUUAUCCAGGUAAUACUUUGCUACCGGGCAUGAAGGUAGGCAAGAACUUAGCCACCGGUCAUGCCUGGAGCCUGACCUCAUGGAAGAGCCCCGAUGAUCCUGCUCUAGGUGAAUACACAGAUAUGCUGGACGUAAAUGGAUUCCCUCAAUUUAUUGUGUUCAAAGGGGCAAACAAAUCUGUUAUUACUAGGUAUGGACCAUGGAACGGACAGAUCAUUACUGGUUCACCUUACAAUAAAAACAACUCCAUUUUUACGAUUGAAAUUUUUAUGGAUGAGACAGAGAUAUACUACAAAUACGAGCUUAAAGAUCAUUCAGUUCCUACCAGGUCUGUAUUAACUCCAUUUGGAGCGAAUCAGCGCUUAAUAUGGAUUGAACGAAGUCAAAGCUGGUCUGUUUUCUUGACAGGACAGACAGAUAACUGUGGUCAUUAUGCACUUUGUGGUGCUUUUGGUAAGUGCAAUAUCAACAACUCCCCUCCCUGUGACUGUCUUAAAGGAUUUAUCCCAAAAUACCCAAAAGAAUGGGAUGCAGCAGAUUGGUCAAACGGGUGUACCCGGAAGACUCAAUUGGAAUGUGGAGAUGGAGACAGAUUUUUGAAAUACACAGGCAUUAAAUUGCCAGACACUCGCCAAUCCUGGUUCAAUGGUAGCAUAAGCCUCGAGGAAUGUAAGAGAUUAUGCUUGAAAAGCUGCAAUUGUUCAGCCUACUCUAAUUUAGAUGUCAGAAAUGGUGGAAGUGGAUGUUUGCUCUGGUUUGGAGACCUCAAAGAUAUUAGGGAGUUCAAUGAAAUUGACCAAUAUCUGUACGUGAGGGUAGCUGCAUCAGAUUAUGAUAUCCAUCAAAGCAGGGAGAAGAAACAUGAGGUGAUGGAGAUAGUCAUACCAACAAUUUCAGGCAUACUUAUUCUAAGCUUUUUGGUUUGGUUAGCAUUACAUAGAAAGAAAAGAGGAGCUAAAAUUGAUAAAGACCUUGACUUGCCAUUGUUUUCUUUGGAAAGUGUUAUUUCUGCAACAAACAACUUCUCUUCUGCUAAUCUUAUUGGAGAGGGUGGAUUUGGACCGGUUUACAAGGGUAUGCUAUUAACUGGCACACAAGUAGCAGUUAAGAAACUUUCAGAAAAUUCAGACCAAGGUGCUCAAGAGUGGAAGAAUGAAGUGAUUACAAUUGCCAAACUUCAACAUAGAAACCUCGUAACACUUCUAGGUUGCUGUGUUGACGGAGGACAAAGGAUGCUAAUAUAUGAAUUUAUGCCAAACAAUAGCUUGGACUACUUCAUAUUUGAAGAGUGUAAAAAAAGAAUACUUACAUGGCAGAAGCGCUUUGAAAUUGCUGUGGGAAUAUCACGUGGACUGCUUUAUCUACACCAGGAUUCCAGAUUCAAAAUAAUACACAGAGAUCUGAAGGCAAGCAACAUAUUACUAGAUGCAGAAUUGAAUCCCAAGAUUUCUGACUUUGGACUUGCUAGAAUUGUAGGGGAAGAUGAUGCUAUAGCAAAAACAAAGCGAGUAGUCGGGACAUAUGGUUACAUGUCACCCGAGUACGCUGUUAAUGGCAACUUUUCGGUAAAAUCUGAUGUUUUUAGUCUUGGAGUGAUUUUACUAGAACUCAUUAGUGGAAGAAAGAACAGGACAUUUCGUCAUUUAGACCAUCACCAUAAUCUUUUAGGCCAUGCAUGGCUAUUGUGGGAUGGUGGUGAACCCCUAAAACUAAUGGAUAAUUUUCUGACAGAAACUCAUGUGAAAUCUCAAGUACUAAGAUGUAUUCAUGUAGCUCUUCUUUGUGUUUCAAAACUACCAGAAGACAGACCAACAAUAGCAUCAGUAGUUUUCAUGUUGGAGAACGAGGAAGUUGUUUUACCCAAUCCUAAAGAGCCUGGCUUCUUCAUAGAAAGAAAUUUGACUGAAGCAUCUUCUACAAAUGGGGGAAUAUGCAGCUUUGAAAUUGCAAACAUGACAUUUAGCACUCUUGAAGCUAGAUGA